GUGAAUUGAUUUUUGUUUUUCUUGUUGUUUUGUGAUUUAAAUGCAGGUGUACAUGGCAUGCAUUCUACACGGCCAUAGAGUUGGAGUUUCUUAUUACGACUCCAGUAUUCGCCAACUUCACGUGCUGGAAGUUUGGGAAGAUGGCAGCACGGACUUCCCCCUAAUUGAUUUGGUAAAAUAUCAAGCUAGGCCCCUGAUCAUUUACACAAGCACUAAAAGUGAAGAAUCCUUCUUGUCUGCUUUACAGCGAAGUGAUGGAAUGACUGAGGCCUUUACGGUGAAGCUUGUGAAAAGUUCCAUAUUUAGCUAUGAGCAAGCAUGGAACAGGUAUAUCUCUGAUGAUUUUUUGAGUUCUAUGAUGGACAUGGGAAGUGAUAUCCAAGUUCGUACCAGUGGAGGUCUUCUUGCCAUAUUAGAGAAUGAAAGGGUGGUAGAUACACUUGAACAAAUGGAAAGCGGGAAUGCAUCAAUUGCAAUCGAUUCUGUUAUAGAAGUUUCACUAAACAAUUUCCUUAAACUUGAUGCAGCAGCUCAUGAGGCAUUGCAGAUAUUCCAAACAGAUAAGCAUCCAAGCCAUAUGGGCAUUGGUAGAGCAAAAGAAGGGUUCUCUGUAUUUGGCAUGAUGAAUAAGUGUGUAACGCCCAUGGGGAGACGUCUCUUGAGAAGCUGGUUCUUAAGGCCAAUACUUGACCUUGAAACUUUGAACAGUCGUCUCAAUGCUAUAUCAUUCUUUCUUUCUUCUGAAGAACUGAUAAAUUCUUUACGUGGAACUCUGAAAUCUGUGAAGGACAUUCCUCACAUACUCAAGAAAUUUAACUCCCCGAGCUCAAUAUGUACCAGUGGCGAUUGGACAGCUUUUUUAAAGAGUGUUUGUUCACUCUUGCAUGUGAACAAGAUAUUUGAAGUAGGUGUUUCUGAGAGUCUUCAGGAGCACGCAAAGUACUUGAAUUUGGACAUUGUUGAGAAGGCUGCUUCAUGCAUUACAACUGAACUGGCUUAUGUAUAUGAAUUGGUAAUUGGUGUUCUAGAUGUAAGUAGAAGUAAGGAGAAGGGAUAUGAGACGAUUGUAAAAGAUGAUUUCUGUGAUGAGUUAGAUGAGCUAAGGCAAAUAUAUGAGGAAUUGCCUGAAUUUCUGGAAGAGGUGUCGCAGAUGGAACUUGGAAGACUGCCUCAGCUGUACAAAGAAAAGUUUGAUCCUUGUAUUGUUUAUAUAAAUCAGAUAGGAUACUUGAUGUGCAUUUUUGAAGAAAAACUUGAUGAAGCUACUCUGGAGAAAGUUCAAGAUUUUGAAUUUGCUUUCUCUGAUGCAGAAGGAGAAACGAAAAGGUUCUUUUAUCAUACAGCAAAGACACGAGAGUUGGACAAUUUACUGGGAGAUAUCUAUCAUAAAAUACUAGAUAUGGAGAGGGCGAUUACUCGAGAUUUGGUGUCGCAUAUACUUCUAUUUUCAGAACACCUACUUAAGGCUGUAAAUUUUGCCGCUGAACUUGAUUGCUUUCUGUCAUUGGCACUGGUUUCUCGUCAAAACAAUUAUGUAAGGCCUACUUUGACUAUGGAUUGCUUGAUUGAUAUACAAAAUGGAAGACAUGUUUUGCAGGAAAUGACUGUAGACACCUUUGUUCCCAAUGAUACAACGAUUAAAAAUGAGGGAAGAAUUAAUAUAAUCACUGGUCCAAACUAUUCAGGGAAAAGCAUCUACAUAAAGCAGGUAGCUUUAAUUGUUUUCCUGUCCCACAUUGGAAGUUUUGUACCAGCAGAUGCUGCAACUAUUGGUUUGACGGAUAGAAUAUUCUGCGCAAUGGGAAGCCAGCUCAUGAAUGCCGAAAAGUCAACAUUUAUGAUUGAUCUGCAUCAAGUAGGGAUGAUGCUAAGGCAGGCAACUUCAAGGUCUUUGUGCCUAUUGGAUGAAUUUGGUAAAGGUACUCUUACAGAAGAUGGCGUCGGUCUGCUUGGUGGAACCAUAAACUACUUGGUCUCACAUGACGACCCUCCGAAGGUUCUGGUGUGCACUCAUUUGACUGAGCUAUUCAGUGAGAGUUGUUUACCUAAAUCCAAGAAGAUCGAAUUUUACACCAUGAGUGUGCUGAGACCUGACAACUCUACAGAUAUCGAGGAUAUUGUAUUUCUGUAUAGGCUAGUUCCUGGGCAUGCCCUUCUAAGCUAUGGUCUGCAUUGUGCGCUACUUGCUGGUGUCCCAGAGGAAGUUAUUAAGAGAGCAGCAUUUAUAUUGGAAGCUCUUGGAAACAAUGAACACGUUGAGCGAUUGUGCAAUGAGAGUGUAUCAGCUCAGGAUCAGCAAUACCAGAAUCUGGUGGACAAGAUGUUGGCAUUUGAUUUUCACAAAGGUGAUAUAGAUCUGUUUUUUCAGGGCUUAUUUUCAACUGAGUCCUAAACAAGCACUAAAGAAAAUUUCGCCAACAUUGUGAAUGCAGAAAGGUUGAAAGUUGCGUCUGGCAGGCCAGCAAUACUUUCCCUUCUCCAUUGAAGAGAAAGGUUGAUUCAUUAGGUCAGAUAGUUC